UCAAAUCCCAUCGAUGGCGCCAAUGUUGAAUCUAGAGGGAAAACGGAAUCGUAAACCAAGUCUCUAAAAAUGUUUGUCAACAGGAAGAGAACUUAGUCAUUAUCUGCAUCUACUGAAUUAUUUGUUGAUGUUCACGAACCAGAAUAAGCAUGGAAACACGAACUAGAAUGUUACGUAAAAGGAAAACUGCUGAUCUGCAGGAAAAUAAAGCGACAACUCUGUAUAAUUUUGAUGGAGUUGAAAACACUCCACCCAAAAAGAAGAAGACGGUAGAUAAAGUGCCUGAGUAUAAUACAGAGAGAAACUCUGUGAGUUCUCAGUCAGACUCUGAGGAGACCAUAGCCACAAAGUCAUUCUAUGGAAAGAGGGAGAAAAAGUCCUUCCCUCAUUCUCCCAAAAGACGAAGAGCUGCGAAUAGGGUGUUACAAAAACUGUCUGAUGAGGAGAACUUAUCACAGGAGGGGAGUCAGUCAAGUGGCAGUGAGACGGAGGUCAAGAGAGGUCACAAUGAGUUGGAGGUCAAGAGAGGUCACAAAAAUGUCCUCAGUAAGAGAGGUGAUAAAGAAGCUAAUUCAGUAAAGCCACCAAUAAAAAAGCCAAACCCAUAUAAGACAGACUCUCCCCUGACACCGAAGGCUCAGAUAAAGACAGAUUCUACUACCACACCAAGUUCAGGGGAAAAGCGAUUCUUCAAAAGCAGGUGUCCUGGAUCUGCUGAAAAGUUCAUUCCUGGAGUUGUUAUUAGGAAGGGCUUUGAUAUUAAGUUUACUCCAAACAGAAAGGACAUUGUUUUAGGAAAACAAAAGAAAAAUAAUGAAAAAUCAAAGUCCAAAAAAUCACCUUUGCCUCUUACACCAUUUCCCAAGGGAAAGAUUCAAAAUAUUCGAAAAUCUGCCUUGCAUUCAAGAAAUAAUGUAAGGCAUUCAUAUCCAUUAGCAUCCAUUCAAAAGGUUUUUUCACAAGAAAUUGAAAGUUCUCGAGUUGAAGGAGAGGAAAAUCUGGUUCAGGGUACGGAGGAGAGCUGCUCGCCGAGAUCUCUGUCAUCCGAGCAAUCCGUAGCGGCCUCCAUCCAUUCUGGUCCGUCAAUCCGGGUCCGGCCUGGGUCUCAGUCUACAGCUAACCAAUCCCAGGAACUCGGGUCUGAUACCACCUCCAGUGUCACAACAGAAGACAAGAUAUCACUCAUAACAGAGGACACCUCGUCCGUUGCGGACACAAACUCUGAGAUCAUGGAGGGCAUUCAGCCUAUUGAAGAGCUGGAGGAAAGUCGUGAUGGGACACCGAGGAAACAGAACGAAGAAAACCAAGGGAUCACACAGAGAGCUAGCAGUGAUUGUACCGAGAGUCCCUCUACAUCUAACACGUCAUCACCCCAGCAGAAGUACUUCCCGAUAUUUAAUAAGUUAACACCCAGUCCCAAGUCCAGACUGAGGACACUGAGGGAAACCAAGUCCAGAUCCAUUUCAAGGUCACCGAAGCUAAAGUUCAUUGAAAACAAGGAUGAUCAAAUGACUCUGGAUGCUGGGCAGAAGAGAUUCGGGGCCACACAGUGUGACACAUGUGGAAUGGUUUACUCCCAGGCAGAGCCCACUGAUGAAACAACCCAUGCCAAAUUCCACCAGAGCAUCAUUAAUGCCCUCAAAUUUCCUGGUUGGAAGAAGGAGAGAGUGGUACAUGACUAUGAUGAUGGAAGUCGAGUUAUCAUGGUGACUUACGAUGACCCAAAGUAUGCCAUCAGGAAGGUAGAGGAAAUCAAUAAGAUAAUGGGAAAUGAGCUGGGAUUUCCAGACACCACUUUCAUCUUCAGACCUGACUGUAAGGUGUUUCUGAUGAUAUCUGAUGAGAAGAAGAUAAUUGGAUGCUGUGUUGCUGAAAAUAUUACACAGGGUUACCCGGUGAUUGCGGACUCUCAGUCGAGCAGUCAGGAGUCUGGUUCCCGGCCCUGGUAUUGUGACACAGAACCAGAACCAGCUUCAGUGGGAAUCAGCAAAAUCUGGGUCCACAAGCUGUAUCGGAAAAAAGGAGUGGCCAGCAGACUGCUGGACUGUGUACGGGAACACUUUCAUUAUGGCAUGUAUAUUUCCAAAAAGCAAGUGGCAUUCUCAGACCCAACUCCCGAUGGCAAAAAAUUUGCAACAAAAUACACGGGAAGGAGUGCGUUCCUGGUUUAUAAAUAUGGAUGAGGAUGAUCUUUACAUGAUGGACAUAAGAAUUAAAUAUUAUAUGCAAGGUACCAUGUAAUAUUUAUCUUGAAGAAAAACUUUUAAAUUUUGUGCCGACAUUUUAAAAGUGAAGUAAACAGCUAUGGGAACUAGUCAGUGAUGUUAAUUUAGAUUUAUAUUAUUUCAAGUUGUUUUCUUUGAAAAUCAGAUGAGGAUGUUUUGGUGUGUCAGUUGUACAAUUGUUUGUUUUGUCUGUAAAAAAAUAUCUCCAGAUUCUACUUACUUUUUUUUUAAU